UAAGAAAUUUGACAACUCAACUCAACUCAAAUUCCUACGACUUCGAUUUGUAAAUACACAAACUUUACAAAAAAUUCGAUAUAAAUAAAUAAUAUUGAUAAGUUUUUUGACUAUUUUUCCGUUAACAACAAACAUCACAAAGAAUGGACACAAAAGUUGAUAUGAGCGGUGACAUGAAUGUUCCCAGUGAGGAUUCCAAAUCACAAAUUGACUUUUCAAGUUUUACACAAUUCAGCAAAGUUCCAAGCAUUGGAGAGGUAAUACAGUCGAUACGUAAAUCGAUAAGACCAUGGUCGGAAUUCUUGCAUACACAGAAUUUCAAGACAGUGGCUAGUAUGCCACGUCUGUCGACGCGCUUCAUACGGAAUCUAUCCUAUUUUCAAAGCAACUACAUACUGAUUUUUAUCAUUUUGAUGAUAUACUGCUUAAUCACCUCGCCGUUGGUUCUUAUUGUUCUAGCUGCAUCUGCUUAUAUUUGCCAUAGAGUGCGAAAAGCGGCAACACAAUUUACAUUGUUUGAUAGAACUCUAACAACGAAACAACAAUAUAUAAUUAUAAGUCUUGCUUCUAUGCCUGUUCUUUAUUUGGCAGGAGCUGGUGGACUUAUGUUUUGGACAUUAGGAGCUUCAUGUUUUGUAAUUUCUCUACACGCAAUAUUCUACAACAUUGACGCGAUUGUUACCGAAGACACAGAGGGUUUCUUAUCGGAAGUUGUUUAAGCUUAUUUAUUAUUGUUUCUUUUUAAACCCUUUACCAAUGUAUAUUCUAUGAAUCUGUAUAUUAUUUACACUAUCAAGCAAAUUUUAACUGUAGCAUUAACACAAAAAUAAAACAUAUUUAACGAUAAAUCAA